UUCUUGCUGUCAGAUGGGACUAACCCUCCAUAAGGAGCUGGGCUUCCGGCACUGACUCCCAGACAUGUAUAGCAGAUUGGACCAUUUGUGCUAAUGUGUCGGGAGAAGGGGAGUCCGUGGUCUGUGUCCACUGGGUCAGGCCGGACUUGGGAGGGGGGUCUUGGCCUGGGCUUCGGGGCAGGAGUUGCAGAGGGGUGUGCUCCCAAGCUGUGCCAGGACGCUGUCUCUGCCGGCUCCCCCCUGCACCUCCCCAUCCCUUGUCUCCCCCACCACUGGCCCCACAGAAUCCCUGCUUAACACCCGCUCGCCCUGAGCCAGAGCCCCCAUCGCGCCAGCCCCUCCCCCAGUCGGGCAGAAUGGGCAAGGAGAAGACUCACAUCAACAUCGUGGUCAUUGGCCAUGUGGACUCCGGCAAGUCCACCACCACAGGCCACCUCAUCUACAAAUGUGGGGGCAUUGACAAGAGGACCAUCGAGAAGUUUGAGAAGGAGGCAGCUGAGAUGGGCAAGGGCUCCUUCAAGUACGCCUGGGUGCUGGACAAGCUGAAGGCAGAGCGGGAGCGCGGCAUCACCAUUGACAUCUCGCUCUGGAAGUUCGAGACCACUAAGUACUACAUCACCAUCAUCGAUGCCCCCGGCCACCGGGACUUCAUCAAGAAUAUGAUCACCGGCACCUCCCAGGCGGACUGCGCAGUGCUGAUUGUGGCCGCAGGUGUGGGCGAGUUUGAGGCAGGCAUCUCCAAGAACGGGCAGACCCGGGAGCAUGCACUGUUGGCCUACACGCUGGGCGUGAAGCAGCUCAUCGUCGGUGUCAACAAGAUGGACUCCACGGAGCCCGCCUACAGCGAGAAGCGAUAUGACGAGAUUGUCAAGGAGGUCAGCGCCUACAUUAAGAAGAUCGGCUACAACCCAGCCACGGUGCCCUUUGUGCCCAUCUCUGGCUGGCACGGUGACAACAUGCUGGAACCUUCGCCCAAUAUGCCUUGGUUCAAGGGCUGGAAAGUGGAGCGCAAGGAGGGGAACGCAAGCGGCGUGUCCCUGCUCGAGGCCCUGGACACCAUCCUGCCCCCGACACGCCCCACCGACAAGCCCCUGCGCCUGCCGCUGCAGGACGUGUACAAGAUUGGCGGCAUUGGCACGGUGCCUGUGGGCCGAGUGGAGACGGGCAUCCUUCGGCCGGGCAUGGUGGUGACCUUCGCGCCCGUGAACAUCACCACGGAGGUGAAGUCGGUGGAGAUGCACCACGAGGCGCUCAGCGAGGCCUUGCCUGGUGACAAUGUCGGCUUCAACGUGAAGAACGUGUCCGUCAAGGACAUCCGCCGGGGCAACGUGUGCGGGGACAGCAAGUCCGACCCCCCUCAGGAGGCUGCACAGUUCACCUCCCAGGUCAUCAUCCUGAACCACCCGGGGCAGAUCAGCGCUGGCUACUCGCCGGUCAUUGACUGCCACACGGCCCACAUCGCCUGCAAGUUUGCCGAGCUGAAGGAAAAGAUUGACCGUCGUUCUGGCAAAAAACUGGAGGACAAUCCCAAAUCCCUGAAGUCAGGCGAUGCAGCCAUUGUGGAGAUGGUGCCUGGGAAGCCCAUGUGUGUGGAGAGCUUCUCACAGUACCCACCUCUCGGCCGCUUCGCUGUGCGCGACAUGCGACAGACGGUGGCCGUGGGCGUCAUCAAGAACGUGGAGAAGAAGAGCGGCGGCGCCGGCAAGGUCACCAAGUCGGCGCAGAAGGCGCAGAAGGCGGGCAAGUGAAGCGCGGGCGCCCGCGGCGCGGCCCUCCCCGGCGGCGCCGCGCCCCGCCCCCGGCCCCGGCCCCGCCCCCGGCCCCGCCCCCGGCGCGGGCCCGCCGCCCCGCCCCCCCGCCAGGCGCACGUCUGCACCUCCGCUUGUAAGAGGCUCUGCGUCAGCGACUGGAUGCUCGCCAUCAAGGUCCAGUGGAAGUUCUUCAAGAGGAAAGGCCCCCGGCUUCCGCCAGCGUCGCCGCGCUCAGUGCCCGUUCCCCAAUAAACGGAGCGACCCGA